AUGUAUCCACUUUUGUUAGUGCACCAGCAGCCCGCCUUUGGAAGAUGGUGGAAAUUCAUGACUAUGCACUUUCAACCUCACCUCCACAUCCAUAUAUCUGUCUCACCUUCCGCUCUCACCACAACACAACACUUACCAGGGCCUGCAAUGACUGACGCCCAGCCCGAAAUGAAGAUCGAUCCGGCGAGAGCGAAGGCUCUCAUUUCCCAAUUGCAGUCCGUGCAGGAGCGCGUUGCCGCCGCCGCCUCGGGGCGGAAUGUCCGGCUGGUCGCCGUUUCCAAGCUGAAGCCGGCCAAUGACAUCCUGGCGCUUCAUCAGGCGACGCCGCCGCAGGUGCAUUUCGGCGAGAACUACGCGCAGGAGCUGGGGCAGAAGGCGGAGAUGCUGCCGAGGAGCAUCCAGUGGCAUUUCAUCGGCGGAUUGCAGUCGACACACGCCAAGAAGCUGGCCAAGAUCCCGAAUCUCUUCUGCGUCUCCAGCGUGGACACCCUCAAGAAGGUACAGCUCCUUAACGCCUCGCGCGCGGAGCUUAUAUCGUCGUCGUCCUCCCCCUCCCCCGAACAGGCGGUGGAGCCCCUCGGCGUGCACGUGCAGGUGAACACGUCGGGCGAGGACUCCAAGUCGGGCGCGGCGCCGGGCGCGGAGACGGUGGCGCUAUGCCGCGCCGUGGAGGAGUGCCCCGCGCUGCGACUGCUGGGGCUAAUGACCAUCGGAGCCAUCGCCCGGAGCCGGGCGACGACGACGGAGAACGAGAACGAGGACUUCCUGUGCCUGCGGGCGCAGCGAGACCUGGUGGCCGCGGAGCUCGGGCUGGGGCGGGAGCUGGAGCUGAGCAUGGGUAUGAGUGAGGAUUUUGAAGGGGCCGUGAAGCUGGGUAGUGGGGAGGUGAGGGUCGGCAGCACGAUCUUCGGGGAGAGGGGGCCGAAGAACGAGGCUAAGAUUCUGGUUUGAAGGGGGGCAAAUGGGGGUUUGCGGAGUUGGGAGCGGUUCAACGGUUUGUUUCACCGUUGGGUCAGGGGGUGUUGGGCGACGGCGGUAUUUUAGGUGGUUCGAGGUGAGACUUCUGGGCCGCGGAUGAAAAUGGGUGUCCUGCGGCUCGUAAAGGGGAAAGGCCGCCGUCAUUGACUUGAUCCGCAGAUAUAAAUACGACGAACUCGUUGAUCGUUCCAACAAACCUCCGCUGGUCUCUCCGACUUUGGUUCACUUCCGUCCAUGUCCCAGCGUGGUAUCUUUGUGCA